AGAGUGUAGGAAAUCCUUCCUACCACCCGAGAUUGGUUUAUUAACAUAUACGUCGAAGAUCCGGCCAAUACUUGAAUACGCCUCUCCAGUUUGGGGUGGAAUCCCUAAAUAUCUUGAAGUAGAAGUUGAACGUGUUCAACAAAGAAGCUUGAGAAUCCUAGGAUUGGAGAAAGAUACCCUCCCUACACUAAAAGAAAGAAGGGACAAGGCAACAUGCAACGAGCUGAAAAGGAUCGUGGAAGUCCCAAACAACCCAUGUAAUCGUUUCCUAUCUGGUAAUAAGAAUCACACUUACGAACGGAGAAGGACCAGAGACAGCACUCCAAGACAGCUCUCAAAAACACACAGGCAUA